UCUCCCGCGACCUCGGCGUCUUGGCCAUCGCUCACGACACCCCCGGGUUUGGGGUUGCUUGGUGAUGUCGUUUUUUGGGAGGCGACCCGUUAUUUUUUUGGGAGCAACGCAGCCAUCACGGGCGAGCUCGUGCAGAAGGGCUUGGAAGAGCUGGGAGAAUCCACGGCAAGCGAGGGAAGCCGAGCAGCGGCGCGCCUCCGCGCGACGAGAGGCGGCGGCGGCGGCAGCGGCGAACGCUCCAGUAGCAAACGGCAGCAAGGGAUCGGCGCCAGCAGAAGCUGCGGCGGCGUGCUCGGAAAAUGAGCUCCUGCGCGGUGGAGGUGGCAGAAGGGGCGCGGGUUCAUCCGCGAGAGGCGGGGUGGGAGCGGUGGUCGGGGCGCCGGCUAGCGCCGCCCAGGCGGUGCUGCACGCUGGGGUGUGGCUGUUCAACUGGUGCCUGCUGCCGAUGAUCUACCCGCUCGAGAUUCUGGGGCUCAGGACGCUAGCUUACAGCGGAAACUUCUGGCGGCGGGCGCUCCGAAAAGUCUGGGUCGACCAAGCGGGGGUGGACUUAGACGUGAUCAACCGCUACCGGUGGCCCACCCUCGUGCGGUACUGGGACAGGGGCUUUGCGUUGUUUCUUCUCGACCGCUUGCAGAUCGGCGCAGGUGGAAGGGCGGGGCCAUCUGGGUUGGUGGAGGCAGUGGCUGUAAAGGCCGCGCAGGGCAUGAAGGUCAUCGUCAUUCAAGGCGACAAGGACACGCUCGUCAGCUCCAACAAGGCCAAGGCUAUCGCCGACGCCAUCCCGGGAGCAAAGCUGUUGCUGUUGCCGGAGUGCGGGCACGUGCCUCACGAGGAGAGGCCGGACGACUUCCUGCGGCUCGUCCUCGAACAGAUCAGCCCAGCCAGUGGUGGGGAUGGUGAUACCGAUUCAUGA